CUAUCCAAAAGCCUCUCACAACUAUCCUCAGCCCAAAGCAGCACGAAAGGAGAAAAAGAUCUCAUUUUUAUCGUUGAUCUCUGGCGGAUCCAUGGCGCCCGUUCUAACCCAGAGCUUGGGCACUUCCUCUACUGCCUUCCUUCACCCGCCUUCGACGCCUCUGAGAUCCAGUUCCGCCCGAGCGCUGGGGUUCCGGCCCUCGUUUCUGCCCCGACCUCUCCUUUCCAGGAGCAGUUUUCCUGCGGCGGGCCUUAGAUGCAAGGUCCAGAGGAGGGAGCGCAGGAUGGGCCCCCGGUGCGAGGCGGUCGUCGCCGAGAAGGAAGCCGACGAGGCUUCGGGGGAGAAGUUCGAGUACCAGGCUGAGGUCAGCCGCCUAUUGGACUUGAUUGUUCAUAGUCUGUAUAGCCACAAGGAAGUGUUUCUUAGGGAGCUCGUAAGCAAUGCAAGUGAUGCUCUGGACAAGUUGAGAUUUUUGAGUGUGACGGAUUCCUCGCUACUUGGUGAUGCUGGUGACCUGGAGAUACGGAUCAAGCCUGAUCCAGACAAUGGAACUAUUACUAUAACAGAUACUGGUAUUGGAAUGACCAAAGAAGAGCUGAUUGAUUGCCUUGGGACUAUUGCUCAGAGUGGUACGUCAAAGUUCUUAAAGGCUCUCAAGGAGAACAAAGAUGUGGGAACAGAUAAUGGUUUGAUUGGCCAGUUUGGUGUUGGAUUCUACUCGGCUUUCCUUGUGGCUGAGCGAGUUGUGGUGUCAACAAAAAAUCCAAAAUCUGAUAAACAGUACAUAUGGGAAGCAGAAGCAGAUAGUAGUUCUUAUGUGAUAAGAGAAGAGACUGACCCUGAGAAGUUAAUAAAACGUGGAACUCAGAUUACCCUUUUUUUAAGAGAGGAUGAUAAGUUUGAAUUUGCGGAUCCAACUCGUAUCCAGGGAUUGGUGAAGAAUUACUCUCAGUUUGUCUCCUUCCCCAUAUAUACAUGGCAGGAGAAAUCAAGGACAGUGGAGGUUGAGGAAGAAGAGGAACCAAAGGAUGGAGAAGAAACAAAACCAGAGGAGGAGAAGAAAAAAAAGAAGAAAACUGUAACCGAAAAGUAUUGGGACUGGGAAUUGGCAAACGAGACAAAACCUAUAUGGAUGCGAAAUCCAAAGGAGGUCGAGAAAGAUGAAUAUAAUGAGUUUUACAAGAAGACAUUCAACGAAUUCCUGGAUCCUCUUGCUCAUACCCACUUCACUACCGAGGGUGAGGUGGAAUUCAGAAGUGUUCUCUACGUUCCUGGGAUGGCACCUCUAAAUAAUGAGGAUCUAAUAAAUCCCAAGACCAAGAAUAUACGCUUGUAUGUUAAGCGGGUAUUUAUUUCAGAUGAUUUUGAUGGUGAGCUGUUCCCACGGUACCUGAGUUUUGUGAAGGGAGUGGUUGAUUCAGAUGACCUUCCUCUUAAUGUUUCGCGCGAGAUUCUUCAAGAAAGUCGAAUUGUAAGAAUUAUGCGAAAAAGACUUGUUAGGAAGACAUUUGACAUGAUUCAAGAGUUAUCUGAGAGUGAAAACAAAGAGGAUUAUAAGAAGUUCUGGGAGAAUUUUGGCAAGCUUCUGAAAUUGGGUUGUAUAGAGGACUCUGGAAAUCACAAGCGACUGACACCUUUGCUGCGCUUUUACUCUUCCAAGAGUGAGGAAGAUAUGAUAAGUUUGGAUGAAUAUGUGGAAAAUAUGGGUGAGAACCAGAAGGCUAUAUAUUACUUGGCAACAGACAGCCUCAAAAGUGCCAAAACUGCUCCAUUUGUGGAGAAGCUUGUCCAAAAGGAUAUUGAAGUACUGUAUCUUGUAGAACCUAUUGAUGAAGUUGCUAUACAGAAUCUACAGACAUACAAAGAAAAGAAGUUUAUUGAUAUCAGCAAAGAAGACCUAGAAUUAGGUGAUGAAGAUGAGGUAAAGGAAAGGGAAGAAAAGCAAGAGUACAAUCUUCUAUGUGAUUGGAUGAAACAGCAGCUUGGUGAUAAGGUAGCAAAAGUCCAAAUAUCCAAGAGGCUUAGCUCUUCACCAUGUGUACUUGUUUCUGGGAAGUUUGGUUGGUCGGCAAACAUGGAAAGACUCAUGAAGGCACAGACCCUUGGUGAUACAUCAAGCUUGGAGUUCAUGAGAGGGAGAAGAAUUUUAGAGAUCAAUCCAGAGCACCCCAUCAUUAAAGACUUGAAUGCUGCAUGCAAGAAUGACCCGAGCAGCACAGAAGCAAAGAGAGCUGUUGAUUUAUUGUAUGAUACAGCUCUGAUCUCUAGUGGUUAUACUCCUGACAGCCCUGCUGAAUUGGGAAACAAAAUAUAUGAGAUGAUGGCCAUUGCUCUUGGCGGAAGAUGGGGAAGAUCAGAAUCAGAUGAAGUGGCAGAAGGAGCCAACUCAGAGGCAACAAGCUCCGAAGCUGGCUCUUCAGAGACAACAGAAGGGGAGGUGGUUGAGCCUUCAGAGGUGAGGCCAGAGAACGAUCCUUGGAAGGAUUAAACAUCUCAAGUAGGAAUUAUUUCUUCUAUUAGAUUCAAUGAGGCAAUAGGCGAUUAUCGUGUAGGUUUGAGGACACUAAUCACUUUCAUGAAAUGAGUUGAACAGGUGAUAUAAAUGAGAAAAGCAGCAGUCACUCGUUGUGUUGGGCAUGUUCAAUUUUCCUAGAACACAAGGCAAUCAAUUUGAAAGAGAGAAUCUGAUCUUAUAA